AUGAGCUCGAUCUUGCUGUCAAGUCUCAUUCCAGCCGGAAGCAGAAGUCAAGGCGCAAGCACAUCCAUGCUCCGAUUACCGUCUCACCAUGUCGCCACAUCACGGCUAAUGGCGACAGCAACGUCAUCCUGUAAAACAUUCGGUACCUUCUCACCUACUGCAUCGCGUCGAUCUGAUAGCGAUGCAAAACCAGCUCAGUCUGCUCAACGCAUCGACGAGGUAGAGUACCUUCCAACAACCUUCCUAGGACGGACACUUCUCACAGCUGGUAGUGCGUUGGGAUUGCUUAACAACCCUGCUCGCGGAGAUUUGCUCUCUAUGCUAACGCAGGUCUCUUCAGGACCGUCGCUCGCACAUUUGCUCGAAUUGAUGCGGUCAACCGAGUCAGGACGUAGAUUGCUUAUCGAACGACCUUCUGUCAACUCCGAGACUGUUGAUGUUGACUAUCUCGCCAGUCUAGAGCGUGGAAAGUUCGGCCGCGAAUGGAUCGAAUGGCUCAAAGAGAAUGGCGUUGGUCCCGACGGACGUGCCGAGGCGGACUACAUGUCAACCUCGGAACACAAGUACCUCAUUCAAAGGUAUCGUGAAUCGCACGACUUCUACCACUUGCUUCUGCGCAUGCCAGUCACUCAACUCGGCGAGACGGUAGUCAAGUAUUUUGAGAUGGCGCAGAUGAACAUGCCUGUUGCUGGCUUUGCUGCUGCUGGUGGUACGCUGCGCAUCUUCGGUUCCAAUCUGUCCUCGCUGCCAAAGCCUUCACAGCUUGUUUCUGCUGCGCUCAACUCUUCCGCUUCGGCUACAUCGGCCACAGCGCAAGGUGCACCUUCGUCGACUGACUUGGCAUCACUUCAAACGCUUGUUCCUUGGGCUUGGGAAGUCGGCAAGACAUCGGUACCGCUCAUCUCCAUCGAGUGGGAGCGAUGCUGGGAGAGAGAUAUUGACGACAUGCGACGCGAGUUUGGCAUCACCCAUCCACCCAUCCAUGUAGCCAAAUUUUCCGGUCGUGCUCGAAAUAGUGGCAAGAGAAGAGGAUGGCCUUCGAAAAUCCUGCAACAUCAGAGGAACAAGGAGCUGCAGCGAAAACAACAGCAGCAAGAGCAAGAGCAGAAAGAGUAA